UGUGUAGAGUGGUGUGUUUGUAUUUUCUGCUUAAAUCACGGUGCCGCAAUGGAUGCACCGUUAAGAGAACAAGUGAUGAUCAAUCAAUUCGUGUUGGCGGCAGGAUGUGCCAGAGAUCAGGCCAAGCAGAUUCUGCAAUCGGCUCAUUGGCAAUUCGAGACUGCCUUGAGUAUAUUUUUCCAAGAUGCUGCACUUCCAACAUGUCCACCAGGAGCUAAUGCACAUUUCGGACAGGUAAUGACGCCAUGUAACACACCUGCAACCCCACCAAACUUUCCGGACACUCUGUUGGCGUUCUCGAAGAUGUCGGCCGGUAACGGAAACAGCCCGUCCACCAACAACAACGGCGGCCAGGCACGUCAAUCGCCCCAACCAACCCAGCAACGAUAAGAAGCAGACGCAGUUUUGCGUAGCUCCGAUUUAAAAAUUAAUGCUCAGUGGGACUUUACAAAAUAUCUGACGAACGUUUGUUAGUGAAAUUUGUUGAAAUUUGACUUAUGUUGAAAUGUAACUAAUUUUUUAUAUAGGGAUGAUGAAUUAGGAUGUACACAUAUACAUGGUGUGAUUUGACUUAAUCAUAAGCUGAUUCUGGGGAAAUGAUUUUUAAGAUCUAUGAUUUUGUUUUACUACUAGUUUCUAAACUAGAAGAGUUCACCUUAUUAUUUAUAUUGUAAAUUAAAACUAUACUGUAAGUUAAACAACAUCAAGCAGAAAUUCCAGCUCAGGACAAGUGUUAGAACUAUGAAUAAAAUCGACUAAUAAUAUAAGUCUUUAUAAAAUUGACAGCCAACUUAUAAUGGCAUAUUAGUUUUAGCAUGUUUCUGAAUGUAAAAGUAGUUUUUAUUUACCUCUAAAUUAUGUUAACAUUAAUUAUUGUUAGACUUUUGUUAUUCCAACAAGUUAAGAGAGAAAAUCUAUUCAAGAUGCCUUUAAAUAAAUCUAUGUACUAUGGAAAGAUGUUUCAUCAGUAAAAUACAACGUAUUAGAUGUAAGGUUCCUUAAGUGAUUUUCUGCAUAUGUGUCUCCUUGUAGUUUUUAUGUACAUAAAUAUUAAAUACAAAUGUAUAUUUUCAUAAUUAAACGAUCAUGACAUCUGGCCUAGCCGAAGUAUUAUGUACAUGAAUGACUUUACAAUAAAAGUACUUUCUGAUAAUUUAAAUAAUCGAUUUUACCAAAGAUCAAUAAACGUUCGAAAAUUCAUGAAAAUAUUAAAAUGGAGUUUUUCAAUGAUGUGUAUUUAUACUCCCAAUAUAUCUACAUAUAUUGACCAAGAUAUUAUUAAAAAGGCUACAUAUGUUAUGUUCUUGUCUGAUAACUUUCACAAACUGUUGUGUAUACACAGACUAACACAUCAUUUUUAUAAAUCAAUAAUCACGUCUUACCGAAUUCUAAGAGUUAAUGUGCACUACUAGUUUAACAAUUAAGAAGACUCUGUAAGAUGUUAUUAUUUAGUAGAUUAGUUAUGCAACUAACAUAAACUUCAACUAUUUUAUUGCCAUAACAAGUUAUGUUUUUGUUGAGGUGUAUGUGUAGUUAACUAUAGGAGAUAGAUAACAAUCAGCCGUGUACUGCUAAACUGUCGCAUUAACCAAGCAAAUUGUUAGUAAAUCAUUAUCUUUAAAGUUCAAAUUUAAACGACUCGUUAAAAAAGGAGAGAAAUUCUCACGUAGAGGUGUAUAACGAUUUUUAUGACAAUUUGCUGAGUGAAUAACGCUGAAUAUAAGUAUUUAUUUAGCCAUUUAAUAAAAUACAAACCUUGCUAUCAGAAUAUUAUUAAUACUUUGAUAAAGUGAUGAAUAUAUUAUAAGUGUUCAUAUUAAAUUAUGUGGCUAUAUAGAUAUUUAUACCAUGACAGUAUGUGUAAAUUAAAUAUCUGUCAGGAGCAUCAUAAAAUGAGAGGCAGAAAUAAUUUUAGGUGCUUAUGUUAAUUUCAAUUUUAUAUGUAAUAUUUUCUUUGUAUAUAUUAGUGUUAAGUUAAAUACAUAAAGCUGUGGCUCUACACAAUCUUCCUAUUUCAAACAAAUAAAUAAAUUAUAAAAUGUA